GUCUCUUUUCACAGAUUCAGUUCAGUACUCACUCGGUCACUAGUCACCUUUUCCUCAGCUGUUGCAGCAGCACUCCCCCAAGUCCCGUGUCGUUUCUUGUCCCUCGAUUUUCAAAGCUUUCACAUUUUCCUUCCAUGAACACCAAUUACUGUUAAUCCACCCACAACACUCAAAAUGGGCUGCUUACACUCCAAAACCACCCACCUCCACCGCUCCCCUGACGACCCAUCUUCUCUACCCGACACUCACAAACCCGACCCAGCUAAUGGAGAUCAAGCUGGGCUAGAGGUCCAAGCACCUAUGUUCAAAGAGUACAGUCUAGACGAGCUACGAAAGGCCACCAAUGGGUUUAGCUCCGAAUGCAUUGUUUCCGAGAGUGGUGAAAAAGCUCCCAAUGUCGUUUACAGAGGAAAACUUGAUAACAAUCGCCUUGUCGCUGUUAAACGGUUCUCCAAGCAGUCUUGGCCCGACGCCCAACAGUUUGUGGUUGAGGCUGUGGGAGUGGGGAAGUUGAGGCACAAGAGAUUAGUGAAUCUGGUUGGUUGCUGUGCUGAGGGAGAUGAACGGCUCUUGGUGGCUGAGUAUAUGCCCAAUGAUACUCUUUCCAAGCAUCUCUUUCAUUGGGACAAGAAGCCAUUGCCAUGGGAAAUGCGUGUCAGAGUUGCAUACUAUAUUGCACAGGCACUCGAUCAUUGUAAUAUCGAGAACCGGAAGAUCUAUCAUGAUUUAAAUGCAUACAGAGUUCUUUUUGAUGAGGAUGGUGACCCUCGUUUGUCUACCUUUGGCCUUAUGAAAAAUAGUCGAGAUGGAAAAAGCUACAGUACAAAUUUAGCUUAUACUCCACCUGAGUUUCUACGAACAGGCAGGGUCAUUCCAGAGAGUGUAAUCUACAGUUAUGGAACUGUCCUGUUGGACCUUUUGAGUGGCAAGCAUAUUCCUCCAAGCCAUGCACUGGACUUGAUAAGGGAAAAGAAUGUAUUGUUGUUGAUGGAUUCAUCAUUGGAAGGGCAGUAUGUGAAUGAUGAUGCCACUAAAUUGGUUGAACUUGCUUCCAAAUGUCUUCAGUCUGAGGCUAGGGAUAGAGGAGAUAUUAAGUUUCUUCUUACAGUCGUUGCACCACUUCAAAAGCAGAAAGAGGCGGCAUCUCAUGUUCUAAUGGGCCUUUCUAGAAAUACUGUUGUGGUUCCAACCAUGCUUUCUCCUCUUGGAAAGGCUUGUGCAAGGAUGGAUCUUACUGCUGUGCAUGAUAUUUUGCUAAAAACAGGCUAUAAAGAUGAAGAAGGUGCAGAAAAUGAGCUCUCAUUCCAAGAAUGGACACAACAAGUCCAAGAUAUGUUGAACACGAAGAAAUUUGGGGAUAUUGCAUUUAGGGACAAGGAUUUCAAGAAUGCAAUUGAGUAUUAUUCCAAGUUAGUCGCUAUGAUGUCUGGCCCUUCAGCAACUGUCUUUGCGAGAAGAGCCUUCUCUUACUUGAUGAAUGGCCAAGCGGAACUUGCUUUAAGAGAUGCGAUGCAGGCACAGGUGUGUAUACCAGAGUGGCCAACUGCAUUCUACUUGCAAGCUCUGGCACUCUCAAAGCUUGGAAUGGAGACUGAUGCUCAGGACAUGCUUAAUGAUGGAGCAACCUUCGAAGCAAAGCGGCACAACACAUGGCGUAGCUAAACUUGUACACUUGAAAAUCUGUAGGUCUGUCUGAUUUCAUUUACUCGGCUUGAGGAAACUGGAUAGAAUAGGUAGUGAAGUGCUAGGCGAAUGUGAAAUGUGGUUGAUAGAGUUGUUUAGGUAUCUUUGCAAAUGCUAUGUUAACUAUAGUUACAAGUGUUUGUUUUUAACUUUAUAUAAUGCAUUUCCGAUAGAAAUGAGUUAUUUAUAUAUAUAUUGGACGAAUGAGUUAUUUAUAUA